CUCAAAUCGUCACCGAUCAUAUCCAACAUCCACCCACCACCACCAGUUCAACCCCACCACCGCUCCGCCCAUCAACAAAUCACCCACCUACACGCAAUGUUCAGAACGGUUGUCCUCCGCGCGUCCCGCGCCAUUCGCCCCGCUGCCAUCCACCCCAUGGCUCUUCCCCGACUUGCCGCUGUCGCCCCGGCGAAGACCGCCUACCCCAUGGGUGUCCGCUACUACUCCGCCCCGGCUUCGCUGUCAAAGGAGGAGGUCGAGGGAAGAAUAAAGGACCUUUUGAAGGGCUUCGACAAGGUUACCGACGAGGCCAAGGUUACCGGCAAUGCCCACUUCUCCAAGGAUCUCGGUCUGGACAGUCUGGACACUGUUGAGGUUGUGAUGGCCAUCGAGGAGGAGUUCAGCAUUGAGAUCCCCGACAAGGACGCCGACAACAUCCACAGCGUCGAGCAAGCUGUCAAGUACAUCCUGUCGCAGCCUGAUGCCCACUAAUUGCAUCGUCCAUUGUCGGGAUUACGGGAUGUAUGCGUGCCACACAUAGAGGGGAAAAUGGUUGGGUGGGGAAAAUAACUUGUAUUCCAGCAACUUGUAUAUGAUCUGUGAAACGCCGGCGAUGUUGCUGCUCUGCUCUGCUUGUCUCAGACGUAUAUGCAUGGUCAAAUAUCGUGGUGAUCGUAUUUGUAUCAACGCUCUCUCUUUCUCCCCAAUCAAACCGAAUUCCGACUUGGUGGAGAUCAAGCCCCCCCCACGUGUGUGAAAUACAUG